CUCUCUCCUUACUAUACUCUCUACCUUAACACACUAAAAUUCUUUGCCAAGUAAAUAAUGGAAACUCCAGAAUUCUUUCAUGGAAGCUAUUGCUCGCAAUUCACGCCCGAGAAGCACCAUUCUCUUGAUUCUAAGACUAGCAAUGGUGGUGGUGAGCACUUCAUUGUGGAGGACCUUUUGGACUUUUCCAAUGAUCAUGAUGAUCCCGUUGCACCAGACGGAGCCACCACUUCUGCCUUUGACACCGUCACAACCAACUCAACCGACUCCUCCACUCUCACUGUCGUUGAUUCCUGCAAUUCCUCCUCGUUUUCAGGCUGCGAGCCCAGCUUUAACGGUCAAUUCUCUGGCGACCUUUGCGUGCCGUACGACGAUUUAGCUGAGCUCGAAUGGCUGUCGAAUUUCGUGGAGGAGUCAUUCUCCAGCGAGGACCAGCAAAAGCUUCAGCUCAUAUCAGGCAUGGAUACCCGACCCAAUGAAGCAUUCACGACCCGACCAUUCCAACUCGAACCUGACGGACAACUAAUCGUGAGUAGCGAUUCUAACAACGGCGGUGCGAUAUUCGAUCCGGAAAUGUCGGUACCAGCCAAGGCCCGUAGCAAGCGGUCCCGGGCUGCCCCAUGUAAUUGGGCGUCCCGCCUCCUUGUCCUCUCUCCGACGAGCUCGUCGUCCGAGUCGUCGCCUGAACUUCUCUUCCCAGCUCCGCACCCAACCUCCGGCAACAAAACCGUAAAGGCGAUAACACCGAAGAAGAAGGAUUCUGGCGAAGUCGGUGGUAUCGGAGAUGGACGGAAAUGCCUUCACUGUGCUACGGAUAAGACGCCGCAGUGGCGUACUGGGCCGAUGGGUCCGAAAACUCUAUGCAAUGCUUGUGGCGUGAGGUACAAGUCGGGCCGACUUGUGCCGGAGUACCGACCCGCUGCGAGCCCGACUUUUGUGCUAACCAAACACUCGAAUUCGCACCGUAAGGUGAUUGAGCUAAGGCGUCAAAAGGAGAUGAUGAGGACCCAGCAGCAUCAACGGCAUCAGUUUCUCCAUCACCAUCAGAACAUGAUGUACGAUGUAUCCAACGAUGAAGAUUACUUGAUUCACCAACAUGUGGGGCCUGGUUACCGGCAGAUGAUCUAGUGGUUUCUAGAGUAGCAGAGAUUAUUCAGUGGGACCAUAAAAAAAAGUUUUUUUUUCUUCCUACUAUUUUGUUAGGGUGCGUUUUUUCUUUUCUAACUUCUUUCAUUGAAUUUCGUAGAAAUGUUUUUUUUUUUUCAAUUUUCUGACGAAAACUACUAGAAACCCUAUUUUUGUUAAUUAAA